AUGAGCUCGAAAUAUUCUGGAAUCAAUUUGGAUAGCGACGAAGAGGAGGAGAUACAUCCCAACAUAGAUGAGAAAAGCUACAAAGAAUGGAAGAGAAGGCAGAGGGAGCAGAAAAGGAGAGAGCUGGAGCAAAGGCUGCAGGAAAUCAAUUCUAUCAAUGACCCUGGGGAGGAGAUGAUUGAAGAAAAGAACGAGAUAGAAAGGAUUUUGAAGCCUUCCUAUGUAUGCCUUGAUACAGAGUCUUUCAGGAUCCCCUCUGAAGAUUCGGAGAAAGAUUACAUUCAAGAGCUGGAGUACCUUAUAGUCCACAAUGAAUUAGACAACUUCAUUGAGCUGAUGAACCAAUCGAAGAUCAAUAUGGAGAAGUUUGAGGUUGUUGUUCUUCACAACCUGGCCGAGCAGAUUAAAGAAGGAAACGAUGCAGGGGGCCUUAUCCUUUCAAAGAUAUCACUAUAUGCUAAAUAUGCCUUGUCACACGGAAAGGAUUUUCUUCUAAAAUUGCGUGCUCAACUCACAAAUAAAGAAAAGAAAAAGCAAUUUGAGGAGGACUGCAGAAAAGAUUUCGAAGAGACAAAGAGAAUGUUUUUGGAGGAAUUUGGGGAACAUGUGAGCGCCAAGCAACCUUCGUGUCCCGAGCAAUAG